CAAAAAGAUUUUGUGAUUUGUCAAACCAAUUCGAAAAUCAAUUUAUUCUGUAAUACGAUCGGUAUUCAGGUUCCUCUUACAUCAUUUUUUUUAAUGCUAAAUUUCUGCACUUUUCAUCUUUUCUGUUGUUCUCUCCAACGUCUGAAAGUGCAUAAAGUGCAAUAGAAUAGUGCACUUGUGAAAUAUGCACUCAUUAGAGAAGAAUAGAGCACUUCUGUCGCUCGUGAUUGGUAUUGGUCACCCAAAUUGUAUAUAAAGUAACGUGACUGACGUGUCUCAAGCAUCACGCUUUCAGGAAAUUCAACGUAGAACGACCAGGCAGGCGUUAGUGCGAUUAUCUUCGCUAUUAGCAAACGUAAUAUCGCGCAAGAAAUUCGUUAUCUUGUGACAUUCCUUGUCAAUUCUUCACGAAAAUGUCUUUUGUAUCGCCCAUGCCAAGCCAGCAAUUCCUUUGGGAUAUAUUUCAAAGGGUGGAUAAGGACAGAUCCGGUGCAAUCUCUGCAGAUGAGUUGCAACAAGCUCUCUCAAAUGGUACUUGGACACCAUUCAAUCCUGAAACUGUACGUCUCAUGAUCGGUAUGUUUGAUAAAACCGAUCCUGCUACAGGUAUGUUUGAUAAAAAGCAGACAGGUACAGUCAGCUUUGAAGAAUUUGGGGCAUUGUGGAAGUAUGUCACUGAUUGGGAGAAUUGCUUCCGAUCGUUUGAUCGCGAUAACAGUGGUAACAUCGAUCGCAACGAAUUGAAGACAGCUCUUACGAACUUUGGAUAUCGACUGUCCGAGCAGACGAUCGACAUGCUAAUACGAAAGUACGAUCGUGCAGGACGUGGCACAAUAUACUUCGAUGACUUCAUACAGUGCUGUGUUGCCCUAUACACACUUACAUCAGCCUUUAGACGAUUGGAUACGGAUCUGGAUGGAGUUAUAACAAUCCAUUACGAACAAUUUUUGGGCAUGGUGUUUAAUCUUAAAGUAUAAGUUGCAUAUUAUCUCGCAACCAUUUCUUUCUUACCUGUUUCAUGGCAGCAUAUUAUUCAAUAUCGAAGGGUACAUGAAGGUGCCAAAUAAAGACAAGAGAAUUUUUAUGUAUUAUGUGUAAAAACUCAGAAUCUCCAAAAUUAAGUUAUUUGUACGUUUCUUUUGUAGUAUUAAUUAAAUGUGAUCAAAUCAACAGAAUUUAUUGGAAAAUAAAUUCUAUAAUAGAACAUAAUAUAUAUUUGUUUAUUUAAAUAUCAUUAGUUGUUCUUAAAUUCUUUUCUUCUUUUUAAAUAUAACUUUAUUCUUGUCGAAUAAUAAAUUUUGGAAAUUCUGAAUACGGUAACUGUUCAUUAAGUAAAUAGUUGUUAAGAAGUAACGACAUUGUUAAUAUAAGUCAAUUACAACAGUUUAUCUGUUUACAGAUCACAAUGAUCACUGUUGCUUGCAAAGUUUGAAUGCACUAUGACUUCCAGCAUUACUGUUAAUGAAAGAAUUUAUGAAUAUAAAUGUGCGUUUAAAUAAUUAAUAAACUAUGUUUAAUAAGCUCUAUUUCACAUUUAUGCAUAUAAAUAAUAUCUGUCAAUAUAUUUUAUAUUCACAGCUGUAUUUUUCUAUGAUUAUUCUUGAAUAAUGUGAUUCUAAUAAACAUAAGGAAUAUAUUUCUUUUAAAAAA